CUUCAGUUUACCACAAUCCAUUUACAGACUUCAGUCGGUCAUAAAGUAACAUAUGUAUAUUCAACACGAUGUCCGCUCGUUUCGUGAGUGCGUUAUAUAAAAUAGUAAAAUCCAGUAGUCGAACGGUGCGGACUCGGCAACUAUCAACUAUUGCAAGUAAAUCUCGUGAGAUGGAGGAACGAAAGAUCCAAGUGGGCGAUACAGAAAUUAAUUAUGCUAGAGUUGGCACAGGUGAUCAUCCGGUGUUAUUGCUGCCUGGAGCCUUAGGGACAAUAUGGACCGAUUUUAAGCCACAGAUGGAGAAUCUGAACGUGAACAAGCUAACCAUAGUGGCGUGGGAUCCACCUGGUUACGGAAAGUCGCGACCACCCGACAGGACGUUUCCGGAUGAUUUUUAUCAACGCGACGCCACGUACGCUCAUAAUUUGAUGAAGACUUUGGGUUACUCAAAAUUUUCUCUGAUCGGUUGGAGUGACGGUGGCAUCACAUCUCUUCUACUUUCCUCGGCGUAUCCUGAUAGCAUCUACAAAAUGGUUGUUUUUGGCGCAAACGCAUACAUACACCCGGACGAGACGAAAAUAUACAAAAGUAUUAGGGACAUCAAUAAGUGGUCAGAAAAAAUGAGAACACCUAUGAUACAAACCUACGGUGUGGAUUAUUUCCAAAAGAUGUGGUCGGAUUGGAUAGAUACUGUACUGGGAUUGUACGAAAAGCAAAACGGCGAUCUGUGCAAGCAGGUUUUACCAAAGAUAAAAUGUUCGACUUUAGUCAUACACGGAGCCAAAGACGCGAUGGUCCUGCCGGAACAUCCAACGUACCUGAAACAAAAUAUUGCCAACUCGAAACUACAUAUCUUCGAAAAGGGCGCACAUAAUCUUCACUUAAGGUAUUCCGAAGAAUUUAAUAAUUUGGUUACGGAUUUCCUUGUCGAUUAGUU